AGGCAGAGCUUAGGAUGAUUCUUACAUACCAACCAAUUAAAAACCAGAUAAGGCCUUAUUGUGGUCCCAAAGGUGCAAUCUCUUUCUCACUGUGGAAAAAUCUCUAGACUCAAAAGUGCAUCCGAAAACAGAAAGAAAGGCCCAUACUGCAAAAGCGCCCUUUGUGGGUCAUACCUUCUAUAUACUAGGCUGGGCUGCUCAUAUCUUUGAGCCACUCUCGGCUUCAGGUCUGAAAAACCUGAAGAAACAGAAACAGUGAAACCCCCAUCCCCGAGGACCCAAUGAUUUCUGUUAAUCAGGUUGCUUGCUUCAGCUUUGCUUUGCUUUCUCUUUUCCUUUUCACUUCCUGUUUUGGGUUUUCGGCUUCCGAUUGAUCUCGUUUAUUCAAUAAAACCAGCCCCCACACAAAUGAUUUCAGACAAAAAUGUCGCCAACGCCAUUGGUGGUAAAAAGGCUAGAGCUUGUGAUAGUUGUAUAAAAAGGCGGGCUAGAUGGUUCUGUGCUGCCGAUGACGCAUUUCUUUGCCAAGCCUGUGAUUCCUCAGUGCACUCCGCCAACCCUUUAGCUCGUAGACAUGAAAGGGUUCGCUUAAAGACUGUUUCUUUAAAGCAUUUGGAUAUAGUUCCAAAGGAGAAUUAUGUGCCAUCAUGGCACCGAGGGUUCACAAGAAAGGCCAGGACACCGCGAUGUGGAAAACCUGCAUCUCAUUCAAAAUUUGAAGAAAAAUUAAGGAAUUCCAUUCCGCUUGUACCUGAAGGCUCAGAUGAGAUAUCUCAUGAAGAGAAUGAAGAGGAGCAUCUCUUAUACAGGGUUCCAAUCUUCGAACCAUUUGCUUCUCAGUUAUGCAUUUCAACAACGAUCUCAAAUAAUGAAGCAGAAACGUCUGCAGCUGCUGCUGAUGUUUCUGACCAAACAGUUGCUGAUGCUAAUGGAAUCGAAUCGAAGGCUUCGUUUGGUAGCAGAGGAGAGGAUAUUGGAAGUCUACAACGCUUUUUCCAAUCCGAUAUGGAUUUUGCAGAGUUUGACGCUGAUGUGGAGAGCUUGCUCGGUAGGGGUCUUGAAAAUGAAUCUUUUGGGAUGGAGGAGCUGGGGCUUGUGGAGAGUAAAGAAGAGGAGUUGCAGAGGGAGUAUUAUCAAGGAAGGGGAAAGGUGAAACUUGAAGAGGAAGAGGCAGGGGCAGAAAAGAAAGCUGCAAGGGACUACCGUGUUGAUACUGAUAUUGAAAUGGCAAGAGAACUGCCUUUCGAGUUGAGCUUUAACUACGAUUCUGCAACAUGUGGAGAGGAAGAUGAGAAGCUACUAGGGACUCAAAAUAGAGACUUAAAUAACAAAGAAGAUGGUGAAAACUUGAAGAAGAAAAAGAAGAGAAAGAUACUACUACAGUUAGAUUACGAGGCAGUUAUAACAGCUUGGGCAAGCCAAGGAUGCCCCUGGACCACAGGCAACGGGCCGGACGUCGACCCAGAAGAAUGUUGGCAGGAGUGCUGCAUGGUAAUAAAGGGAAUUAGUGGAGCCGAGAUUGAUGACCACGGUUAUGGAGAUCAUACAAGUGGUGUAGGUGUACAGCAACCGGCAACGGCAAACGGAGGACGAGAAGCACGAGUGUCGAGGUACAGAGAGAAGCGGAGAACAAGGUUGUUCUCGAAGAAAAUAAGAUACGAGGUGAGGAAAUUGAAUGCAGAAAAGAGGCCCAGAAUGAAAGGGAGAUUCGUGAAGAGGGCAAGUUUUGCAACUCCUGCUUUUCCUCUACGUACUACAUGAGGAGUAUUGUUCAUCCACAGCAGGAAAACUGGUUUCGAACAUUAUAUGUAUUAGUUAGGCCUUUAAAUUAAGAUCGAUAAAUAAAAUUUUUUUGAUAUUUUCUUGCA